UAACCUCAAAAUAAUCACAAUCCAAAUACAUUUAAAUUUAAAUCACACUUGUUACUUGUUUGUUUCUAUCUCAGGUUUAUAAUACAAAUGGAUUUAAAGUAUUAGAUUUUUACUUGAUUUUUAACAGUUUAUGAAAAUGACUCCUGGUAGUAAAGCCUUUUUACCAUGCCGAAGUCUGGGGUAUGUCAGUAAUCAUAUACCUUUAAGAGUCCGCUAUAUAAAAAGUAGGAAAGAAAAUUUGAUUGUUACAUGUGUAGGAAAGUCUUUCCAUACUUACGGAAUUUCUCAUUUCGGUUUGCUAAGUGUAAGUGGAUUACAUCCUGGUAACAUUACUUGCUUAACUACCGAUGCUUAUCAUGUAUAUACUGCAUGUGAUAACAUUAUAUAUGCGUGGAGAAGAGGAACCGAAUUAAAGCAUACAUACAGAGGGCAUGCCUACAAUAUAAAAUUAAUGAUACCAUUUGGAGUUCAUCUAAUUUCAAUCGAUGAAAGCUCUCGAGUCAAAGUUUGGGAUAUAAAAGCUGAGUCAAUUUAUCUUGAACUCACAUUUGAUAAAAAGUCAUUUAGUAUAUCUUCUGUUGUACAUCCAAGUACAUACAUCAAUAAAGUACUCUUUGGUAGUGAGCAAGGCCAAAUGCAGUUAUGGAAUUUGAACAAAUCAGUUUUAAUUUAUACUUUCAAAGGAUGGAAUGCUGGUAUAAGUUGUUUAGAACAAGCACCAGCUUUGGAUGUUGUGGCUGUAGGUUUAAUUACCGGAAGGAUAAUUUUACACAAUCUGAAAUAUGAUGAAACAAUCAUGGAAUUUACUCAAGACUGGGGGAUAGUCACCAGCAUUUCUUUUAGAUCCGACGGUCAUCCCAUAAUGGCUACAGGUAGUGCCUGUGGACAUGUAGUUUUUUGGGAUUUGGAAGAAAGAAAAGUGCAUAGUCAACUUUCAGCUGCACAUGAUGGGGCUGUAACUGGCAUGGUUUGUCUACCUAGUGAGCCUUUAAUCUUAACAUCUUCUCCCGAUAAUACCUUAAAACUAUGGAUAUUUGACAUGACUGAUGGUGGGGCUAGGUUAUUAAGGAUAAGAGAAGGUCAUUCAGCUGCUCCUAAUCACAUAAGAUUUCAUGGUGGAAAUGGUCAUAAUAUUUUGAGUGCUGCGGGAGAUUCAACUCUUAGAAUUUUUAACACUCAAACGGAACAGUUUAAUAAAAGUUUGGGAAAAGCUUCCUACAAUAGAAAAAUAAGUAAAAAACGAGGAAGAGCAGUAGAAGAUCCUUUAAAAAUGCCCCCAAUCAUGGAAUUUACAUCAGAAACAACUAGGGAAAAAGAAUGGGAUAGCAUAGCUGCUUUACAUUUAGGAAUUCCAAUGGUAACUACUUGGUCAUAUGACAAGAAAAAAAUGGGUGAUUUGAAAUUGAUACCGGAAAGGCUUCAAAAGAAAAAUCUCAAAAAUACACUUGAUGUGACAGCCACCUGUUUAUGUUUAACACAUUGCGGAAACUUUGUUAUUGUGGGUUAUAGUACAGGCCAUGUAGACAGAUUCAACAUGCAAUCCGGACUUUGGAGAGAUUCAUAUGGGGAAAAUAAAGCUCAUCCUGUCUCAAUAAGGGGAGUAGCUACUGAUGCUUUGAACCAAAUAACUAUUACAGGUGACUGUAAUGGUUUAAUAAAAUUUUGGAGAUUUAAAUGCAAAAGCACACCCCAUUUUACCCAUGUCGAUUUAGAGGAACCAAUAAAUUACUUCAGAAUACACAGAAGCAGUUCUCUGCUUGCUGUUGCACUUGAAGAUUUUACCGUCGUUAUUGUUGAUAUCGAAACAUGGAGGGUGGUGAGAAAAUUUGUAGGGCAUGUGGGACAAUUAACAGACGCAACGUUUAGUCCCGAUUCGCGAUGGUUAAUUACGUCGUCUAUGGACUGUAGUAUUAGAACUUGGAAUAUACCUUCAGGUCAGCUUAUAGAUCAGUUUUCUACUGAAGCUGCCCCUAUUUCUAUUAGUAUGUCUCCGACUGGUGAAGUUUUAGCUACCGCACAUGUAGAUUAUUUAGGUAUUUAUUUAUGGUCGAAUAAAACGCUUUAUCAAAAAAUAACUCUUAAAGCUUUAUCACCCGAGGAGGAACCUCCAUUAAUUGAUCUUCCAGAGGUGUUGCAAGAAAUCAAAGACGAGCCUGACAAAUACGAAUCUGACGACGAGCCAGAAUUUAUUUCUCCAGAACAAAUCAGCAAGGAUCUUCUUACUCUUUCCGGGUUGAGCACUUCAAGAUGGCAAAACCUGCUGAACUUAGACGUAAUCAAACAGAGAAACAAGCCAAGGACGCAGCCAAAAAUGCCGAAAAGUGCCCCAUUUUUCCUACCCACUGUAUCAACGUUGAAUAACUUCGAAUUUGAUUUAAAGUCGGCUCUACCCCAAGAAGAGGGUCACACACAACUAUUGAUGCCUGAGGAAAUAACAAAUUAUACCGAGUUUGGUAAACUGUUAGAAAAAAGUGUAAGUACGUUUGACUUUUCCGAAGCGGUGGAAAAACUUAAGACUUUUGGGCCAUCGAUGGUCGACUUCGAAAUCAAAUCUUUGGUGCCGGAAGGUGGUGGCUCCGUAGCGAUAACGCUUCAGUUUUUAAAAUUAAUAGAAACAAUGCUAAAGUCUAAUAAAGAUUUUGAAUUGGCCGAGGCGUAUUUGAGCGUGUUUUUAAAAUCGCACGGUGCUUUUAUAGCCGAAAACGAACAGUUAAGACGCUAUUUGCCAAAUUUAACGAGCUGUCAUACGGCCGUAUGGAAUAGGUUACAGGAUAAGUUAAUGUAUUGCACGUGUAUUGUCCAGAACUUAAAAACUAUGUAAAUAUAUUUUAAUAAAUAUGUUUUUAUU